AUGGUAUAUCCGCCCGCAUCAAUUAGCAACAGGAUCUUCUGGAAAGUUUUGUUGCCGACCGGACUGUUUUGCGUGUUGCUAGCUCUGGCAGCCCUGACGUACCCUUCUCCCAAAUCCAAGUCUAGCUUGACGUCGCCGUUGGAAACAUGUGCCUGGAAUCACCUCGAGCCGCAUCUCUCUCUGUUAUCGGUUCCGCCGAUUCGCCGGUCCGAGUUUCUUGGUCGUCAGAAGGCUCUGGCACUCGAACUGGACGCCGCUGGGGUCGAUGCUUUCAUCGCCGAACCAUCAGCUUCAACGUCUUAUUAUGCAAACAUUUCUUCAAGCUUUCAUCUCUCAGAGCGCCCAUUUCUGAUGAUCAUUGACAAGGAUGGCCAAUUCACAACGUUAGUACCCAAGUUUGAAGCUGGCCGCAUUGCAAAACUCGACAUGGUUUUCGACAACAAAACGACAAUCACUUGGAUCGAAGAAGAGUCGCCAUAUGAAGCGCUCGCUCGAGGCACGGGCUACGAGAAAGUGAUGAUCGACGAGCAUGCGCGUUUUAUGAUUGCAGCCGGCCUGCAAAAGGCAGGAAUUGAAGUUGUGCCUAUGUCAGAAACCAUCCAGUCUCUCCGUUCCAUCAAGUCUUUGGACGAAAUCGCUCUGCUGAAAGGAAUCAACUCUUUCACGCUUGCACUGGUUCAGUCCCUGCAAAGGUGCAUCCAAAUUGGUAUGACUCAAGAAGAAGUUAUCGACGCCUCCCAGGCACUAUUCACACGUGCUGGCGUGGGUCAUGGAUUUUGGGUGCUGGCGCUGUUUGGCGAUCAGGCGGCUCUACCCCAUGGCGGUGAGACCGGCCGAACGCUACAGGAGGGUGAAUUUGUCCUUAUCGACAUUGGGUCGGAACUUCAUGGAUAUUGCAGCGACGUAACACGCACAAUUCUACCAACCGGAGCCACCGUUAGUGACGACCUCAUGGCCGUUUGGCAAAUAGUUUGGGACGCGCAGUCAGCUGGUUUGUCGCACAUGCAUGCAGGUGAAGCGUGCUCGGCAAUCGACGGUGCCUCUCGCGAUGUCAUAAAGCGUGCUGGGUAUGGCCAAUACUACACCCACCGAUUGGGACACGGACUUGGCCUGGAAGGACACGAGCCACCAUAUCUGAAUGGUGCUAAUGAUCAAAAGUUAAAACUGGCUGAAGUAGCCACAAAUGAGCCGGGCAUUUACGUCACUACAGAGGAGGCAGCCUUUCUCGGAAAGAAAGUGGGCUUCGGUAUAAGACUGGAAGAUCCUAUCUUAGUCACUGAGAACGGCGGUGUACUAUUGACUGGAAGCCGGGCACAAUCUCCUUGGAACCCUUGA